GUGAAGCACAAGGCAAGUACUGUAGAUUGAAGAAUAACAACAACAACAAGAACAACAGCAGGGGCAGCGACAGUCAAUUAUUAUUAAAUGGAUCAACUGAAUGCUUUGACAAGCCCAGACAACCAUCUAUGGGUGCAUUGACGAAACUAAAGAUUGCAGGGGUAGUCCUAGGUCCGACUUUUCUUCUUGUAGUUGUCAUUGCAAUAUAUCAUGGCUAUAGAUCAAACAAAAUGAAGAAAGCAGAUCAAGUAAAGAUUGAUAAAUUUUUGGAGGAUUACAAAGCUCUCAAGCCUGCAAGAUAUUCCUAUGCAGAUAUCAAGAAAAUAACAAAUCAAUUUCAGGACCAAGUAGGCCAAGGAGGUUAUGGAAUAGUGUACAAGGGCAAGCUUUCCAAUGAUGUUCAUGUCGCGGUCAAGAUCCUCAACAAUGUGAAAGGAAAUGGAGAUGAGUUCAUCAAUGAAGUGCAAACAAUGGGUAGAAUCCACCAUAUCAACAUGGUUCGCUUGGUGGGAUAUUGUGCUGACGGAUUCAGAAGAGCUCUUCUUUAUGAGUUCUUACCAAACAAUUCGCUUGAAAAGUUUAUAUCCACUGAUAAAGAGAAAAAUACACUUGGUUGGGAGAAGUUGCAUGACAUUGCUCUUGGCAUAGCUAAAGGAAUUGAGUAUCUUCACCUAGGGUGUGAUCAACGAAUCAUGCACUUCGAUAUUAAGCCUCACAAUGUCUUGUUAGAUAAUAAGUUUACCCCGAAGAUCUCUGAUUUUGGUCUAGCAAAAUUGUGUUCAAAGGAACAAAGUGUUGUUUCCAUGACUACUGCUAGAGGGACUGUGGGUUACAUUGCACCCGAAGUGUUGUCCAGGAACUUUGGGAACGUUUCAUACAAAUCAGAUGUUUAUAGUUUUGGGAUGUUGUUGCUAGAUACGGUUGGAGGGAGGCAAAAUAAGUUGCAGGAGGAAGAUUUCAAUGAGCCCUAUGCACAGUCAACUAUAUUAAAGGAAGAGUUCGAGAAUUUGAAUGUGCAGUCAAAGCAGGCUGGAGCUAGCAGUCUUAUUCGAUCAGCUACAGGGGACUGGAUCAUGGGGGUUCAAAUACCAGGUAGGGCAAGCAUCCCCCGUAUUGGCAGAAAUUUGGGCCAUAUGGCGUGGCCUACAGUUGGGCUGGAUUGCAGGGUUUCGACAAGUAAUCAUUGA